AUGGCUUCUACCAAUGUUAUUUUGACAAUUAUGGCUGGUAUCACUAUUCUGUGCAUCUGCUAUGCCCCGAGAGUCCAGAGCUACAAGAUCCUAGUUUUAAAUCCAGAGAAACAAAUCAAUAGACACAUUUGGGACUACAAGAGAUCGGGAACACUUGACCAGAACAGCAUCCACAACAUCCAACCUAACACAAAACCGACGGAAGACGGCAGUUGCCUCAUCGGACCAUGCAUGGCUGGUGAUCAUGCUCCAAAGCCGAAAGUUGUGCAAUCGAAUGAGGAGGCUAACUCACUGAUCAUCGAUAGCGGGAAGCAAAAAAAGUUUGGUGGAUUUAAAGUUGCAUAUGAUAAUAACAUACCCAGGAUCGUCUAUUGGCCUAUUUUCGAAGAAGAACUCUGA